AUGCCAGGGCUGAGUGAUCAACACUCUGCGGCAACCUCUCACCAUGGCAUCGGACAGAUAAGAUUGGGGCUACCUGGAGAUAUGUACAGCAGCAGGUCUGAUCAUUUCACUCAAUCAGUGUCUAGGACAGAUCCUUUCUCCUCCGCUUCUCUUCAAGGCUACGCUGGCAUGAACUUGAAUAUGAACCUAGCUCCUCACCACGGACCAGGAGCCUUCUUCCGAUACAUGAGGCAGGCGAUCAAACAAGAACUCAUCUGCAAGUGGAUAGAAGAGGAGCAACUGCCCAAAAAACUUUGCUCCAAAACUUUCAGCACCAUGCACGAGCUGGUCACCCAUGUCACGGUGGAGCACGUUGGAGGACCCGAGCAGUCCAGCCACAUCUGCUUCUGGGAGGAGUGCGCUAGAGAAGGCAAGCCUUUCAAAGCCAAAUACAAACUGGUCAACCACAUCAGAGUCCACACGGGGGAAAAACCCUUCCCCUGCCCCUUCCCUGGCUGUGGGAAAGUCUUUGCCAGGUCAGAAAACCUGAAAAUCCACAAAAGGACUCAUACAGGGGAGAAACCCUUUAAGUGCGAGUUUGAAGGCUGCGACAGACGCUUUGCCAACAGCAGCGACAGAAAGAAAACAUUCCCACGUCCACACCAGCGACAAACCGUAUAACUGUAAAGUGAGAGGCUGCGACAAAUCGUACACCCAUCCCAGCUCAUUGAGGAAACAUAUGAAAGUGCACUGCAAAUCUCCACCUCCCAGCUCAGGCUAUGAAUCCUCCAUCCCAUCCCUGGUGUCCCCAUCUUCUGAUUCAGGACAGGACCCUGCUGCCACCUCCUCCCACACUGAGCGCCUGUCCUCCUCCACCCAGGCCAACCUGAGUGAAUGGUAUGUGUGCCAAGGCUCAGGGGCAAGUGGCAUCCCUACCCCCCCUAGCCACACUCCUUCCCCUGAGCAUCGAAAGGCUUCCUACAAUAACUGUGACUCUAGGCCCAAUUACUAG